GUUUCUUCGCCUUAAGUUGAAAUAGCUAAUCUCUCUCUUUCAUUCUCCUCGGGGGAACCGGACCUGCGCUGAAACAAACAAUUGGAUUCCAAAGUUGGUUCACAAUCAAUCACAUGGGGGCAUCAGAUUCAACGCUAUUAGGCGCUCAGGAGAAUAGAGUAGGAGGUGGAGAUGUGAUAACAACCAUCUCUCAACGAUCCGAGAAAGUGGAUCCCAUUCUCGAUAAUCUUAAAUCACUCACAGUUAGCAGGCCAAUAUUGAAGUCAGCUCCUCCCAGGGAAAGUAGCUUAACAGACAUAUUGGUGAGGAAAGCUUUAUCGAGCUCCUCUUCCAAUACGGUGGAUCCUCAAAUACUUGUUGAGCUUUUCUCCAUUUACCGUGAAUGGCAAGACACCAAAGCUCAAGAUAUUACCACCAGACAGGAAGAUAUAGAAAACAAGAUUGAAGUGGCAGAUGCUUUGGCCACUAAACUUCUACAGAGGUUUAACCACUCCGUUUCUGCUAUGAGGACCACUUCCCACCAUUUAUCUCAAGUUCAUGGGCUGCAGGUGGAGCUUGGGGAGCUUAAAGGAAGGUUGACUGAGGUGAUCAACAACUGCUAUUCAUUAUGUAAAAGAAUUAAUUCUGAGGGACCUGAAUCUCUUAGGUCAACAGUGACCCCCUUUGUUCUUGCACCUCCUGAGUCGGUCUCUUCUAAACAAGAGGCAUAAGAGUCAAUACUCUUGUGUGACCAUUGAUAAGAUUGGCUGUAUACUUCCCACUAGUCUUUGAUUUUGCAUAAAUGCAAGAUGAUGUUUCUAUUGUUCCAUUGUGUUUUUCUUUUGUACUUCACGCUUUCGGUACUUGUUUUUGUUAAGUUUGUUUUCCGAUUUGUAUAAUCCAAUUGUUGUAACGUAGGAAAAUUCAUAUGUUA